AUGAAUAGUUCUAAGUGCGUAAUUUAUUAUUAUAGCAGGCGAUGGUGGUGGUGGUGUCUGUCUGUCUGUCCCCUCAUGUCAAAUUUACUGUUUUGGUUCAGGCACAUUACUCGCGCAUAUCUUAUGGUGUGGAAACGAUUUGGAAACAAAAUAGUAACAAUAGCUGCGGCGACAAAAAAUAUUAAUGUAACCGUCCAUUAUGAAAGGAAAGCUCGAGCGUUCUGCUUGUUCUCCCCCCACAUGCUUGAAGCAUGGGGGGGGGAGAUAAAGGUGGAUGGAAUGAUAAUAAAACAAAGAACACAAUAA